CCUUUCAGUUGUUCGUGGACAUGAGCAAUCACACGCCACAUGGGGUGCUGACACAGGACUGGGCAGGGGUCAGGAAACCAGUAGGUUACUUGUUGAGGCUUUUGGACCCGAUCAGCAGAGGCUGGCCCACCUGUCUGCAGGCGAUUGUCACUGUAGCAUUGCUGGUGGACAAAGCUAAGAAGGUAACUUUCGGUGCACCGAAAGUAUUUGCACCGCACAGUGUGCGGGGCAUAUUACGACAAAAGGCAGAUAAAUGGCUCACUGCUGCUAGAUUACUGAAGUAUGGGGCCGUUUUGAUUCACUCGCAGGAUUUAGAAUUGCGGACAACGACCACACAGAGCCCUGCGCAGUUUUUGUUUGGGGAAGCUUCAGGGGAGCUGGUUCACGAUUGCGUAGAGGUGGUUGAAUUACAAACAAAGAUCAGAGAGGAUUUAGAAGAGAGAGAGCUAGACAAAAGAGAAAAAUGGUUUGUAGAUGGGUCAAGCAGGGUGAUUGAUGGAAAAAGGAAAUCGGGAUACACAGUCGUGGAUGGACAAACUGGAAAAGUGAUUGAAGCAGGUCCCCUGAGCACAAGUUGGUCGGCACAGGCUUGCGAACUGUACACAGUUCUGAGAGCCUUGAAGAGACUGAAAGGGAAAAAGGGAACAAUUUUUACAGAUUCCAGGUAGGCCUAUGGAGUGGUUCACAC